AGCAGCAAUGGCUAUUUGACACUGGUUAUCUCAUCAUGGAAGUACGAAUGUUUCUAAUAAUUUGAGCUGCUUCAUGGGCUAUGAUGCUCCCGAGGAAGUUUGUUUACAUUGGCUGUGAUAUGAUGAUCAAGGGGAUACUUUUUCUUCGGGGACCAAAAAGCACGCUCUCUAUAGACUCCCUCUCACUCCCUUUGUUUGAUCACCUCUAGCUCCUUCAUGCACUAGUAAACCAUUGGAUUAAAUCUACAUUGAUGUCUGGAGCACCACUCGCUGCUCUCUUGAUGGAUUUGAUCACAUCUUCCCUUAGUUCAAACGCCAUGUAGAAAAUUACUAAUAUUUCUUUACUCUAAUUAAAUCAUUUUUUUCCGAAUAAUGGCAACCAUUUUGCCGAGAGAAUGGCUAUUUGGAGGUGCUCCAAUAAGCCAAGGGUGUUUCUCAAAAUCUUUUAAGCAAGAAAUUAAGAGCUACCAAUACUUCACCAUCACUGCAGCACUACUGGCUUUCCCAUAUGCAGCAUCCAUCCUCCUCCUCCAGUCCUUGACCCUUUCAUCGUCUUUCGUCCUCCUUCUCCGGGCCCGCAUUCGCGCCCUCUUUAACGCGUCCGGGUUCCCUCCCCACUCAAUCCUCGAAAGAAAGCUCCCGGAGACCAUUGCCGUGGCGGUUCUUGCCCUCCCUUCCUCCCUCUCCUCAUCCCUCCUCAGCAAAGCCUCUGUCAUCCACGCUCUCCACACCAGUCAAGAUCAUCCCAAGAACGCGUCUUUUUCGCAUUUUUUCAAACUUUACGCCAUUUUGAUCCAUACCCAAAUCUGCAAUUCCCUUUUUACCCUCUCCACAAACGCAACCUGUUUCUCAUUGGUGUUCUUGGCAUUCAACCUGGUUAAUGGAUUCGGGGUUUCUGAUCUCCCUGGGCUCGUCCCGUUCCUCUCUGCAACAGGGGCAGUCCUUUCCUCCUUCACAGUUUCAAUCACUUUCCUCAUUUGCCCUUUGACACUGAUCAUUUCAGGAGUGGAGAAAACAGGGGGAUUCAUGGGAGCUCUCAGCAAGGCUUGUGGUCUGAUCAAGGGAAGAACGGAAACGGCGUUGUGGUUAUCUGUGUGGAUCAACGCUUUAAUGGCUGCCGUUGAAGCUCUGUUCCAGUACAGAGUUGUGAGGGGUUAUCGUGAUAAUGGAGAAACUGGGAGUUUUUCAGUGGCCGUGGAGGGGAUGUUCAUUGCCUAUUUGUACUCUGUUGUUCUUGUUCUUGAAACUAUUGUUGCCUAUUAUUUUAUAUCCUCGGGUGGCUCAAAAUGGAAUAUUGCCAUCCCAUACUAAACUUGAUUGUGAAAAUGAUUAAAUGAGUGAGAGCAGU